CGUUCUCAAAAGACUGGCAGGAAAGCAGCAGCAGUUCCCAACUUGGAAAUUGCAACAUGGACGUCGGCGGCAACAACGAAGCUUCUGCCGAAGAAUGGAAGGUCAAGGGGAAUGAUCUGUACAAGAAGGGGGACUACCGAGGGGCCAUCGACAUGUACACGAUGGCCAUUGAACUGUCCCCGACCACCGCCCCGUUCUACGCCAACCGUGCUGCCGGAUACCUCAUGCUCCACAAAUUCCAGGAAGCGAUCGGUGACGCCUCCCGUGCGAUUGCGAUGGAACCCUCGUUUAUUCGAGGGUACGAGCGCAAGGCGAAGGCUCAAGUGGCGUUGGGAGACUUGGAAGCUGCCGUGAAGACGUACCAGUCGGGGUUGAUGAAGGACCCGAACAAUGCGACGUUGAUCAACGAUCGCCGGUCGGCCGAGAUGGCCAUGGACAAAAUCAAACGCGGUCGGGAACACAUCAAGGCGGGCAAGUUCCGCGAAGGUGUGUACUGCUUUGACAGCGCUCUCACCAUUUGCACGAGCUCAAACGACGUGAAAAAGUGGCGCGCCGAGGCGCUCAUCGGGUGCGAGCGGUAUGAUGAAGCGUUCGCCGUGUUGACGCAGUUGAUGCGGUCGGACUCGUCGUCGCCCGACAUCCUCUUCCUUCGCGCGCAGUGUCUGUACUUCCAAGGCGAGUUCACAAGCGCCAUCCGCCACUUGCAGGAAGCGUUGCGCGCCGACCCAGACAACAGCCGCUUCGUCAAGGAAAUCAAGCGCAUCCGGUCCUUGGACACACAGAAGGAGGCCGCGAACGACGCGUUUAAGGGUGGCCGGUACCAGGAAGCCGUCGACGCGUACUCUGCGUGCCUUGCGAUCGAUCCUACCAACAAAUCGUACAACGCCAAGCUGCACUGCAACCGCGCCGCGGCGCUCGCCAAGUUGGACAAGAACGCGGAAGCCAUCCGGGAUUGCGACAAGGCCAUCUACUUUGACAGUUCGUACGUGAAGGCGUACCUGCGAAAGGCGCAGUGCCUCAAAGACGUGGGCGGCAAGGACAACCUGGAACAAGCUUUGCGCGAGUACGAGACCGCUUCCAAGCUGGUGGGCGAAGACCAGCAGCGCCAAUAUGCCCAAUACAUUCGCGACACCAAGCUCCUGAUCAAGAAGGCGAAGCGAAAGGACUAUUACAAGAUUCUGGACAUUGGACAGAAUGCCGGGGAAGCCGACAUCAAGAAGGCGUACCGCAAGUCCGCGCUCAAGUAUCACCCCGACCGACAUGCGAACAAGACUGAAGAGGAACAGAAGCAAGCCGAAAUUGACUUCAAGGACGUCGGUGAAGCGUACGCGGUGCUGUCCGACCCCCAGAAGAAGCAACGGUACGACUCUGGCGUAGAUUUGGAAGAUAUGGACAACGACAUGGGCGGCGGCAUGGGCGGCAUGGGUGGUAUGGGAGGCAUGGACCCGAACGACAUCAUGCGCAUGUUUGGCAUGGCCGGCGGCGGCGGCUUUGGCGGGUUCGGCGGCGGCGGUCGUGGAGGGUUUGGUGGGCGAAGUGCCGGUGGACAUAGUCAUGGCGGGUCGAGCUACCGAUUUUAGAGCUGCCUCCUAAUGUGCGACACCAUGUCCAAAUACAUGAGUGAAAUAGACCAGCAUUAGGGAGUCCAUUUAUUGCCGAAAUAAUGAAAUAUUCUGACAAAAAAAAGAUAUAUGACAAA